UUUGCCCGUGCCACCGGCGUUAAUGGCGUCCCCAGGGGUCCUUCCACCAUCACCACGGAGGCAAUUCCUCCCGUCGGUGGGAAGUGGGGCUGGAAAGAGCUGCCAUUUUACAGGGCAAGGGCUGCCGUCCAGAUGUCGCUGUGCACAACUUCACAUUUCUGCAUGCUGGUCCUUCCAGUGAUGUCACUGCUGCUGUUCUUCUCUCCCAUUGGUUGGAGCUACGAUGGCCUCACCCCAGGGUGUCACCUACAUCCCUUCAACGUGACUAUCCGCAGUGACCGCCGCGGCACGUGUAAAGGCACCCACCUGGUCUACGCCUGUGUGGGCUACUGUGAGUCCAGCGCCUUCCCCUCCAGAUACUCAGUGCUGGUGGCCUCCAACUUCACCCACAACAUCACCUCCGCCUCACGAUGCUGCACCAUCAGCAAGGACGCUAAGGUCAAAGUUCGCCUGGACUGCCCUCGAGGUCGUCACCAUGAAGAAAUAGAGAUCCUGACCGCAAAGGCGUGUCGAUGCGACAUGUGCCGCAAGUCCCGCUACUGAGACAUCAAGACAAUAUGCUGCAGUGUACCAUAGGACCAAAAACUAAUUUAGUCAGUUAAGCCGUAGAAACUUAAAAAUGAUUGAAAUACAGGUGUUUCAGGGAUAAACCAUCAUUUUCCUAUCUCUACUCUAAGUAUUUUGAAUGUUGAAGAAAAUGCCCUUUAAACUAUUUAA